AUGCUCUGUAUCAGGAGGUAUCAGAGAAGAGCAGGUGCAGGCACUAGAGGACUUGUUCUGCCAGAGCGUUUGGGCAACUUCCCCACCAGCCUGGGUUUGCUCUUGUCUUGUCUGUAGAGCAAAGGGAUUGCAUGAGGUAGUCCCCUCGCUCCUUCAUGGCGGGAACCCGCACCUGCAGAGUGGACCAGCAGCUGUCUGUGCAGCCCUCAGCACCCUGUGACUGAAGGGAACUUGCAACACUGCUUGUUGUCGUGUGUUCUGAGUGACCUCUCAUGAGGCACAUUCUGUCCUCCUUCGCCUCCUUGCAGAGCUGAAAGUGAGAUGCCCUCCAUCGUGGUGCAGAACUACAUGAACCUUCCAGAGAAUGCUUCCAGUGACGUCCCAUUUAGCUGGAGAAUCAAGGACUACCUGGAGGAGCUUUGGGCGCAGGCUCAGUAUAUCACAGAUGCGGAAGGGCUGUCACAGAAGUUAGUGGAAAUCUUCCGGCAGACUCCGCUGGGCGUGUUUCUCGCCCAGCUCCGUGAAGAGCAGCAGCAAGAGCUUCUGCAGCGCUACUGCUCGGACUUUCUCCUCCUGACCACGCGUGUGUCCUCGCCGGAGGAACUAAAGGUAGAGACUGACGCCGGGUCAUGUACGGCUCUGUGGUCCGGCAUCAGUGAGCUGAGAGCAGCGUCGGGAAGGCCAGAGCAAGGGGUUUCCUUACCUUGGGUGCACCUUGCCUACCUGCACUUCAGGAGCCGGCUGCAGAACCUCUCCAGAAUCUUGACGAUCCACCCCCAAGUUCUAUGUAGCCUGGCGCAAGCCUCGCAGAACCGCCAGCUGGCUGAACCUGAGAUGACGCUGGACGUGACUGCAGCGACGGCCUGUGUUGAAAUGCUGACGAGAGACGCCCUGAGGCCCAGCCCCCAGGCCUGGGUACAGCUGGUGAAGAACCUCUCCACGCCCCUCGAGCUCGUCUGUGCGGACGGGCACGUGCGCGGCAGCACAAGGCUGACCGCAGCUGUCGGGGAAGUCCGACACCAGUGGAAUCGGAUUUUAUCCACAGCACUCUUUGUGGAGCACGUGCUCCUGGGGACGGAGAGCCAGGUCCCCGAGUUAAGCAAGCUGGUGACCGACCAUGUAUUCCUGCUGGACAAGUGUCUUCAGGAGAACUCUGACAUCAAGACCCACAGGCCUUUUGUGGCUGUAAUGGAAACCCUCUGUGAAUGUAAGGACAGAGCCAGCAGGACCCUCACCAGGGGUGGGAUUCAGCCGUGCCCCAUCUGCCUGGGAGACGCACAGGAUCCUGUCUGUCUGCCCUGUGACCACGUGUACUGCCUGCGCUGCAUCAAAGCCUGGCUUGUCCCCGCACAGAUGAUGUGCCGCCGCUGUUCCACUGCCUUGCCAGACACUUUCUCUCCAACGGUUUCCCAAGAACACAGGAGAGCCAUUGAAAAACAUGCCCAGUUCUGGCAGAUGUGCAACAGUUUCUUUGUAGACCUGGUCUCCACCGUGUGCUUCAAAGACAACACCCCACCUCAGAAGGAAGUGAUUGACAGCCUGCUGUCGCUACUCUUUGUACACAAGGAACUCUUAAAGGACACUCCCCAAGGACACCGUGAACACACAAAAUCCCUCUCUCCGUUUAACGAUGUUGUCGACAAGACUCCGGUCAUCCGCUCGGUGGUACUGAAACUGCUUUUGAAGUACAGCUUCCAUGAUGUAAAAGAUUACAUUCAGGACUACUUGUCCCUGUUAAAAGAUAAGGCUUUCAUAACUGAAGAUAAGACUGAGCUGUACAUGCUCUUUAUCAACUGCCUGGAGGAUUCAGUGCACGAGAAGACCAGUGCUUGCUCCAGAAAGGAUGAACUGAAGAACCUACGAGAGCAAAGGCACUUCCUUGAGACGUAUCCCCAGGCAAGCCGUGGCCAAGAGGCUGCCCGCGAGGCUUCGGUCGAAUACCUGCAAGAGAUCGCCACCGUCCGCCUCUGCCUCGACAGGGCUUCCGACUUCCUCGCGGAGCUGCAGGGAGGCUCGGAGACAGCGAAGGAGAAGCGAAGCUACCUGCGACAAGUUGAGUGCUUCUGUACCCGCGUGGAGAACGACUGGUACCGGGUGUACCUGGUGAGGAAGCUGGCCAGCCAGUGGGGCAUGGAGUUCGUGCAGGGCCUCUCCAAGCCGGGCCACCCGUGCCAGUGGGUCUUUCCCAAGGGUGUCAUCGAGCAGCAGGUGAGAAAGGACCACCCGGGCCAGAUAGACCGAUACCUGGUGUACGGUGAUGAGUACAAGGCUCUUCGUGAUGCCACAGCCAAAGCUGUCCUCAAGUGCGAGUCCCUGAGUAUUGUGACUGCCCUGAAGGCCUGCAGGGAACCCAAAGCCCAACAGGCAGUCCACUUACUGUUGGCACUUUUCAAAGAGGUGGCUGUUUUAUACAGAUCCAGUAACACGAACCUCCAUCCUAAGCGGGAGCAACGCGAGGCUGUGAACAAGUUCAUCGAAGAGUGCGAGGUCUUCUCUCCCGCUGUCAGAUGUUUUGCGACAUCCCUUGUGGAGAACACUCUGCCGUUGCUGAGGACGAGCCCCGGUGACAACGGCCUUGAAGGAACAGUGACAGAAAUGGCCAUUCACGCUGCAGCCAUCCUCCUGUGUGGACAAAACCGAGUCUUGGAGCCGCUAAAGAACUUGGCUUUCUCCCCAGCCACCAUGGUGAAUGCCUUUCUUCCGACAAUGCCUGAGGACUUGCUGGCUCAAGCUAGGACCUGGAAGGGUCUGGAAGGAGUCCGUUGGUACACUUGUCCCAACGGCCAUCCCUGCUCUGUGGGAGAGUGCGGGAGGCCGAUGGAACAGAGCUUCUGUGUUGACUGUCGUGCUCCAAUUGGUGGUUUGGAUCACAAACCUUGCGAUGGCUUUUCUGUUAUCCAACACAGCACAGACAGAACCCAGACUGGCCACGUGCUGGGUGACGCGUGUCGCAGAGGUGUGGCGGUGGCGCCUGACCGAGAGCUGUCCCCAGCGGUCUUCCUUCUCACCCGCCUGCUCACUCACUUGGCCAUGCUUCUGGGGGCCGUCCGAGACCCGCAGGCUCUGAUGAACAUCAUCAAGCCGCGUGUGCGGGAUCCGAGCGGCUUCCUGCGGCAGCACGUCCAGGCGGACCUGCAGCAGCUGACCAGGAUGCUGGGAAGGAGCGCCGACGAGACCACCAACGCCGUCCACCACGUCCUGCGCAGCCUCGUCCAAGAGCAGCACCUGCCCUGCGGCCAGAGGCUUUUAAAUAUUGAUGCAAAACUGUCAACCAAAGAAAUGAGAAACAACUGGGAAAAGCAAGUUGAAGCUAUUAUGUUACCUGAACUGCAGCAUCUAGAUAAAACCCUUCAGACCAUGAACAUUCUAAUCAGCAAAGAUGAGCGUAUCAGCUCCAACCCUGUGGCCAAAAUCAUAUACGGUGACCCGAUGACCUUCUUGCCCCACCUGCCCCGGAAAAGUGAGGUCCACUGCUCAAAGAUUUGGAGCUGCAGAAAAAGGAUCACAGUCGAGUACCUGCAGCACAUUGUGGAGCAGAAGAAUGGCAAAGAAACGGUGCCCGUCCUCUGGCAGUUCCUGCAGAAGGAAGCAGAACUGGGACUGGUGAAGUUCUUGCCUGAGAUUUUGGCCCUGCAAAGGAGUCUAGUGAAGCGAUUCCAGAAUGUUCCACAAGUUGAAUACAACUCCAUCAGAAGUUUCAUUAGCAGCCAAAAUUCAGAUGGGUUGAGACAGUUAUUUCAGGAGAGAAUCACCCUCUUUCUGUCGACAUGGAACAAGCUGAGGAGGUCGCUUGAGACCAAUGGUGAAAUCAAGCUGCCUGCAGACUACUGCAGUGUGGACCUGGACCUGGACGCCGAGUUCGAGGUCAUCCUGCCGCGUCGACGCGGCCUCGGCCUCUGUUCGACCGCCUUGGUUAGCUACUUGAUUAACCUACACAAUCAAAUCGUCUACACGGUGGAAAAGUUCUCCAACGAAAGCAACAGCUAUUCUGUGGACGCCUCUGAGGUCACCGACCUGCACGUCAUCAAUUACGAGGCGGAGCGGGACCUGACCCCGCUGAUUCUGUCCAACUGCCAGUAUCAGGUGGAGCAGGGCGGCGAGACCUCGCAGGAGUUCCACCUGGAGAAGAUCCAGCGCCAGGUCACCAGCCGCUGCCUCCAGGGCAAGCCCAGGCUGACCCUGAAGGGAAUACCCACUCUGGUAUACAGACAUGACUGGAACUACGAACAUCUCUUUGAGGACAUCAAGAACAGAAUGGCACAGAACUCCCUCCCCAAGUCGGCCAUCAGAGCCAUCAGUGGACAACUGCAGUCCUACAGCGAUACCUGUGAAGCUCUGUCCAUCAUAGAAGUCACCUUGGGGUUUCUGAGCACGGCAGGCGGGGAUCCAAACAUGCGCUUGAAUACGUAUGUCCAAGACGUCUUGCGAAUGGGUGACCAGACGGCUCUCGUGCUAAAGGCCUUGGAGAGGUGUCAGUUAAAACACAGCAUUGCCCUCUGGCAGCUCCUCUCUGCUUACAAGUCCGAACAGCUGCUGCGACUGAACAAAGAGCCUUUUAGGGAAAUCAGCUCAAGGUACAAAGAGGACCUCAGCCCAGAAAAUGCUAAGCUGCUCGGCACUUUCCUGAAUCAGAUUAGCCUGGAUACCUUCCUGCUGGAACUCCACGAAAUGAUGGUCUUGAAACUGAAGAACCGCCAAGACCAGGACAGUUUCAAUCCUGAGUGGAGCCUGAGAGACACUCUGGUAGUGUGCAUGGAAACUAAAGAGAGUGAAAUUCUUCCUGAAGUGGAGUACCAGUUCCCGGGAGAGAUCCUGCUCUCGAAUUGUGUCUGCGUGUGGAAAAUGGCGGCCGCGCUGAAACGGGAUCGACAGAUGCGAUAGCAUCGCCUCCUCAGCGCUGUGUUUGGGGAGACUUGGGGGGAAGGCUCUGGCCCCGUACCCACGGCCCGGAUCC